UCUGUACAGUACAUACUAGCCAGGACAGAAGGAACAGUUAAGUUAACCAGCUGCGAGGCGAGGAAUGCAGGUGAAUAGCUAAAUAGGCUAGUAGUUUUGCUAGUUAGCAAGAUAACUACACGUGACCAACAAAAAAGGAAUUAAUAUACAAAAGGAACAAGAAAGGUUGCGAAGAUAGCUUAGUAAAGACAUUCAUAUCAGCAACGCCCGACAGAAUCUCCAGAAAACUCCAGGUCUGCUGCUUCGAGAUGCCUGAAGCAAAUGAUCAGCCCAUGGAGGAGGAGGUGGAGACUUUUGCCUUCCAGGCGGAGAUUGCCCAACUGAUGUCCCUGAUUAUCAAUACUUUCUACUCCAACAAAGAGAUCUUCCUCAGGGAGCUCAUCUCCAACUCCUCAGAUGCUCUUGACAAAAUCAGAUAUGAGAGCCUGACAGACCCUGCCAAGCUGGAUUCUGGGAAAGACCUCAAGAUUGACAUCAUUCCGAACAAAGAGGAGCGCACGCUAACCCUCGUCGACACAGGCAUCGGGAUGACUAAGGCUGACCUGAUCAACAACCUGGGAACCAUUGCCAAGUCAGGAACGAAGGCUUUUAUGGAGGCCCUGCAGGCUGGGGCUGACAUCUCUAUGAUUGGUCAAUUUGGUGUGGGCUUCUAUUCCGCCUACCUGGUAGCUGAGAGGGUGACCGUCAUCACCAAGCACAAUGACGAUGAGCAGUAUGCCUGGGAAUCAUCUGCUGGGGGCUCUUUCACAGUCAAAGUGGACACCUAUGAGCCUCUGGGCCGUGGAACAAAAGUGAUUCUGCAUUUGAAAGAGGACCAGUCCGAAUACCUUGAGGAGCGGAGGGUGAAAGAAAUUGUAAAAAAGCACUCCCAGUUUAUUGGAUACCCUAUUACACUGUUUGUGGAGAAAGAGCGUGAUAAGGAGGUGAGUGACGAUGAGGCAGAGGAGGAAAAGGACAAAGAGGAAAAGAGUGAAGAGGACAAACCUGACAUUGAGGAUGUGGGCUCUGACGAAGAGGAGGAUGAGAAACAGAGCUCUGACAAGAAGAAGAAGAAGAAGAAGAUCAAGGAGAAGUACAUUGACCAGGAGGAGCUGAACAAGACCAAGCCCAUCUGGACAAGAAACCCAGAUGACAUUACCACAGAGGAGUACGGCGAGUUUUACAAGAGCCUGACCAAUGACUGGGAGGACCACCUGGCUGUAAAGCACUUUUCAGUUGAAGGCCAGCUGGAGUUCAGGGCCCUCCUCUUUGUGCCAAGGCGUGCCCCCUUCGACCUGUUUGAGAACAAGAAGAAGAAGAACAACAUCAAGCUCUAUGUGCGCAGGGUGUUCAUCAUGGACAACUGUGAUGAGCUCAUACCAGAAUACCUCAACUUCAUCAAAGGUGUGGUGGACUCUGAGGACCUUCCCCUGAACAUCUCCAGAGAGAUGUUGCAGCAGAGCAAGAUCCUGAAGGUGAUCCGUAAGAACCUGGUGAAGAAGUGCUUGGAGCUGUUUACUGAGCUUGCUGAGGACAAGGACAACUACAAGAAGUGCUAUGAGCAGUUCUCCAAGAACAUCAAGCUUGGAAUCCAUGAGGAUUCUCAGAACCGCAAGAAGUUGUCAGAGCUGCUAAGAUACUAUACCUCUGCCUCUGGAGAUGAGAUGGUGUCCCUCAAGGACUAUGUCACUCGCAUGAAGGACAAUCAGAAACAUAUCUACUACAUUACUGGUGAGACAAAAGACCAAGUGGCCAACUCUGCCUUUGUGGAGCGCCUUCGCAAAGCGGGCCUUGAGGUAAUCUACAUGAUUGAGCCCAUCGAUGAGUACUGCGUCCAGCAGCUCAAAGAGUUUGAAGGAAAGAACCUGGUGUCUGUGACCAAAGAGGGCCUGGAGCUGCCUGAGGAUGAGGAGGAGAAGAAAAGGCAAGAGGAGAAAAAAGUAAAGUUUGAGAACCUCUGCAAGAUUAUGAAAGACAUCUUGGAGAAGAAAGUAGAGAAGGUCACAGUCUCCAACCGCUUAGUGGCUUCCCCCUGCUGCAUUGUCACCAGCACUUAUGGCUGGACAGCCAAUAUGGAGAGGAUAAUGAAAGCUCAAGCGCUGAGGGAUAACGCCACUAUGGGCUACAUGGCUGCAAAGAAGCACCUUGAGAUUAAUCCCGAGCACCCCAUUGUCGAGACUCUCAGACAGAAGGCCGAGGCUGACAAAAACGACAAGUCAGUAAAGGACCUAGUCAUCCUUCUCUUCGAGACUGCAUUAUUAUCCUCAGGCUUCACGUUGGAUGAUCCCCAAACACACUCAAAUCGCAUCUACAGGAUGAUUAAGCUUGGCCUGGGUAUUGAUGAGGAUGACAUGUCAAUGGAGACGGAAACUAAACCUGCUACUGUUGAGGAUAUGCCGCCUUUGGAAGGAGACGACGAUGCAUCCAGGAUGGAGGAAGUCGACUGAGUUUGAAUGCUUAACUUUAGUUGGUUUGAAAUCUGGAGUACCAGUGCUGACUGCAUGUGACCAAUUUUGAUGCUUAAAAAUGAAAAUCUAUUACCCUGUUCAUUGCAGUACCUGCUGACAUUCUGUAUUUUUAUUAAUUUGUUUUCCAUUUAAUUUUGUAAUGUUUAGUUUUUUUAUUUUGUAUUUUUUACAUUCCAAUACUUUUUUGUGUGUGAAAUAACUUGCGUUGUACAUUUCUUUGAAAUAAAAGUGUUGAAAUGGUUGGAUCUAGAAUACACAUCCUUGGAUUACUCUUUUUAUGAAUAUACUAUUAUGCAUAUUGUGUUAGUAUGCUUUGCGUGUGUGUGUGCGUGCGUGCGUGUGAAAUGGUCCAAUUACAUAACACAAUUUCAUUUUUCUUAUCGUAAUAGUGGAAAGGGCCCAAGUAGAUUCAGAAAGACAAUGAUUCCAGCCCUGCCUUCUUCUUGACUGGUAUUGACGGGGAACUGAUUUUAAGCCAAUGCUUAAAUAUUCAUAAAAAGGAUUAAAUAAAUGUAGUAAUAAAGGGAAGGAAAGGCAUGUCUGCAAGUUUCUGACCUCCCUAUGAAACAAUAAUUUGCCUCACAAAUGCCGAUAUGACUUGUGCCCUAAACUCCGGCAAUGAAUACCAUUUGCUUGGGAUUCAAAGGAGUAUGCCAAUUAUAAUUUGGUAAUUUACAAGAUCUGUACAUUAUGUAGCCUGGAGUUCCUAGGUGAAGCAUGAGGAUUUGCAGUAUUGGUGUGGAGUAUUUCAGUUCACCCAAUACCCAAGCCAAAAUACAAAUGUUAUUAGAGAUUUAUGCAUUUAUAAUAAAGCAGAUGAUUUUGGUGGUGGGCUAGUUAUACAGUCUUUGCUAACAUCUGCAUAAAUUGUUUUUUUUUUGUCGCAAAAGGCUGCGAAUAUCUAACUCCUUAUGGAAUUCGUGUCAUAUGCGUUCAGUCGUCGAAAAUCUGCGUGCAAUGUCCAUUUCUGUUAAAGGGGGCGACAAAAACGCUUCAUACAGCAGAAUGUCGACUAGGCGUAAAAAGCGAAGGCAGAAACAGGCGGUUCAAGGGUCUCGUGAUGGGAAAGAUGGACAGAAAAGUACAGGUUGUGUGGACAGAUUGGCUUUCAAGUACAUGGAGAUGUGUAAAGUAGAAUCCAGCACGGACUCGGAGUCAGACACUAGUCCGAGAUGGUCUGACACAAGCACCAAGGGAUGUGUUUUUAAUACAUCUGAGAGCCGAACCCACAAGAUGCUGACAUUUGUACCAAAGCCUGGACGCUAUCAACUACCAUCUUUGGACCCCUAUGAUGGGAGCUCAGAGGACUCUGGGUCAUCUAAAUGUGGCCCAAAAGGACAGCGGCAGGGAGGCUGCAGAAUGCGGAGCAGGGGUCGCAGGGGGACUGCAAACGCAGCUACUUUCUCCAGGGAGGUGGGGAAAUGCGGGGCCCAGGCCAGCACACCAACACUGCCGGCUCCGGAUGUCCAGAUGAGAUCAUCGAGUGACUCCGAAAUUCGAAAAGCUGACCAUGGCCUCUUGUCCCCCAAAGGCCAUAAGGAACACAUGAAAGAGAUGGCUAUAGAUUCUGGGAUGCACACAGAAUCAUCCCUCUGCACACCUGGAGUCUUUGCCUACGUGGGUGUGACUCCUGUCCGACUGCCUGAAAGCCCCUCCCACAAGAGCCAGGCGGGAUCUCAUAGGCUGCAUCCCAAAUCUCCCAACAGCCCAAUGCCUCUAAAGUCCCUUCCCAAACGCAAGUCAUGUUUCCCAGGUGCUGAAGCAGGGGAGCGCGGUCCAAGGAAGAGGCAAUGUGUUGUGGACAUGGAAGUGGCCCACUUUCCCCUGUAGACUUGUAUUUACAGGAAAAACAGCAGUGACUAUUUCUUCAUGAAGCACAUUUGAGCCAUACAUCUUUCCAAUCCAUUGUAAGCCAAGGGGUGGAUUUCCUAUUAAUUGAAGAUUAAUUUAAAAACUAUCUGUAUUAUAUGAUCGAGUGUUUGUGGUCACACUGCACCAGAUCCCUAAUUCAUGUGGGUUGUGACUCUAUGCAAAAUAUUCUCCAGUCUACAACCAAAAUAAAUAAGUGAGUCUUGAAAUGUGUACAGCUUGGCACCCUAAACCAGAAGCUACUGAUACUGCUAAUAUCAUUGACUUUUAUGAAGUUAGUUUUUUUUAUUGGCUGAUACAAUGUAUUGAGUGCUCAUGGCUGUUCUGUUCUUUGCACAGAAGGGACAAGUCAUUUUUCUUAAUUUUUGAAAUGUGGAAUUGGGAACAAUUCACCAAGGGCUUCAUGCUUAAAGCACGUUUUGCCUUAUGUACACAAUUUAUAUUGUAUAAGGUUAUGCGCAGCAUAAGUUUUGCUUUGAUGGUGGAGUUCAGUACUUCUGUUUGUUUGAAGAAAAUAAAUAUUGCACUUGAAAUUAUAUCAAA